AUGUCCGGUCUACCUGCGCAGAGUGGCACCAUGCAGGUUCUGGAUGAGGGGGACAUUCUUGACCCAGAGUUUCAGCAGCGUCUGGAAGAUGCCCGUACUCUGCUCAGGCAGGAGAUCCAGCGCGAGCUGAAGAUCAAGGAGGCCGCUGAGAGACUCCGGCGGGCCCUCACCAAUCGUAAAGGCGCCGCCGAUGUGGAGGGCCAGCUCAAAGCCUCCAGCCGCAAGCUGGAGAGGUUGCAUUGGGAACUGCAGGAGCUCAACGCCAGGUCCAUGGCCACCGAGAAGGACUGCAGCACAGGCUGCUUGGAGGAGGAGGACAACCUAUCGGCACAGUCGUGUCCGUGGGAAGAGGUCACAUCGCCGGCGGCCAGUCGGGUCAGAACGCUGAAGAAACAGCUCACCAUGGAGACCAAAGUCAAACAGGGCGCCGAGAACAUGAUCCAAACGUACAGCAACAGCUCAGUCAAGGACAGGAAGAUAAUGACUACGGCCCAGCAGAUGAUCCAGGACAGCCGCACUAAGAUCGAGCUGCUGCGCAUGCAGAUCAUCAAAGUCAGUCAGGCCCGAGACGGCUCGCAGGACGGCUCGCACGGUCAGCCUGUGGAGAUCAUCAAUCCUCUGGAGAUGCGGAUGGCUGACCUGCUGCACCACAUGAAGAUCGAAUCGGCCGUAGCAGAAGGAGCAAAAAAAGUGGUGAAGCAGCUGAGUGGCAGCAAGAUCCAGGACCGCCGUGUCCUAGCAGAGGCGCAGGCGCGCAUGCAGGAGUCCUCUCAGAAGGUGGAUUUGUUAAGUCUGUCCCUGGAGAGGCGUUUGAGCGAGCUGCCCCGGGACCAUCCCAAGCAUGCUGUCAUCAGGGAGGAGCUGUUUGUGGGAACGCCACCUUCCUCUGGCAUGUCAAAGAAGAUGUCCUCUUCCUCUUCAUCCUUCCUCUUCAAACCAGCCAGUCUCACAGGUCGGUUGGAGGUUUGUUUGAUGGGCUGCCAGGACCUGUUGGAGUCGGUCCCUGGCCGGGGUCGUGUGACCGGCGUCCCGGCCACAUCUGUGAGCCUCUCGGAAGGGAAGUCUGCCAAGGGGAGAGCCGGCCAAUCGGGACGCAGCGCCAGUGCCAAGAUGAGCAAGGCCGAUGACCUGUCCUCGGAGAUAAGAGCUGUGCUAAAGGUGGACAACCGGAUUGUGGGGCGCACGCAAUGGCGACAGCUGGGCAAAGAUGCCUGGGGCCAGAGCUUCAGCAUGGAGCUGGAACGGUCCAGGGAGCUGGAGAUCGCGGUGUACUGGAGAGACUGGCGAGCGUUAUGUGGGGUGAAGUUCCUGCGGCUGGAGGAUUUCCUGGACAACCACCGUCAUGGCAUGUGUGUCCAGCUGGAACCUCAGGGCAUCCUCUUCAUCGAGGUCACAUUUAUCAAUCCUGUUAUCGAGCGGCGCUCCAAACUCCAGAGGCAGAGGAGAAUCUUCCCUAAAGAAAAAGGGAAGGACUUCCUGCGGGCGGCCCAGAUGAACAUGAACUUUGCCACAUGGGGCCGUUUGGUGAUGAGCAUCCUGCCUCCCUGCAGCUCCCUGGAGUCCAUGAGCCCUCCCUUCACGAGCCCGACCGCUGCCGCCCUGCCCUCCUACGCUUCUCCAGAACGAGAGCCUGCUGUGAUGUGUCUACAUUUUAAUGAAGAACAACCCGGCAGAUCUCCACACCGCACCAGAAAGAGCACAAGAGACUCUCCAUCGUGUCUCCGAGAGAACAAGCGUCAACCCUCUAUUCACUCACCGCCACACAGGGAUGAAGGACUUCAGAUGGAAGAGUUCAACUGCAUUUCAGUCCUGGGCAGAGGUCACUUCGGUAAGGUGCUGCUGGCAGAGCAUAAGAAGUCAGGCAAACUCUAUGCCAUCAAAGCCCUGAAGAAAGGAGACAUCGUAACACGGGAUGAAGUUGACAGCCUCAUGUGUGAAAAGCGGAUCUUCGAAGUGAUCAACGUCUCCCAGCAUCCUUUCCUGGUGAACCUGUACGGCUGCUUCCAGACGGCCGACCACGUGUGCUUCGUGAUGGCCUACUCCCCCGGGGGAGACCUCAUGACCCACAUUCACGCCAGCAUCUUCACCGAGAAUCAGGCGUGGUUCUACUCGUCCUGCGUGCUGCUCGGCCUGGAGUUUCUACACCAGAACCAAAUAGUUUACAGGGAUCUGAAGCUGGACAAUCUGCUGAUGGAUGCAGACGGUUUUGUCAGGAUUGCAGACUUUGGCUUGUGCAAAGAAGGUAUGGGCCACGGCGAUCGCACCACAACGUUCUGUGGGACACCAGAGUUUCUGGCCCCAGAGGUGCUGACGGACAACAACUACACCCGCAGUGUGGACUGGUGGGGGCUGGGGGUCCUGGUCUAUGAGAUGCUGGUGGGGGAGUCUCCUUUCCCAGGGGACGAUGAGGAGGAGGUGUUCGACAGCAUCGUCAACGACGAGGUGCGGUACCCUCGCUUCCUUUCUCCUGAGGCGCUGUCCCUCAUUCAAAAGCUGCUGAGGAAGAACCCUGAGAUGAGACUGGGAGGAGGCGAGGAAGAUGCCUCGGAGAUCAAACGCCACAAAUUCUUUCAGGAGACGGACUGGGACGCUCUCCUGGCCAAAAAGAUGAAGCCCCCCUUCCUGCCGGCCAUCAGAGCGCCGAAGGACGUGAGUAACUUCGAUGAGGAGUUUACUCGCCUGAAGCCAGUCCUCACCCCCCCGCGGGCAGCCUGCAUCCUCACUGCGGAGCAGCAGGACAUCUUCGCGGACUUUGACUUCUCCUUCAUGAGCUGACUGGGGCGACUCCGUCCGACCUGCUGAUUCCACAGAAGCGGAGGAGCAGGUCGCGUCCUCUUCCGGUCUCUUCUAACGCACCACCAGUCCAUCCGCUCUUUUUUUUAAUGCUUUCUGUCUCACAAACCCGUGGGAUCAAUUCCUGUUAACGCUGUGCCAAACAUGUCACUAGUGCAAUAGUUACAAAGGCCUCUGUCCAACAACUGAGCUGUAAAUAUUUGUGAUCUCAAUGCCAACCUGUAUCUAUUUAUCAUAACCAUUAGAAGUGGAUGUAAAACUCAUACUAAUGUUAAUUUAAAUUAUUCUGGGAGAUUUGCUCAAUCAAUACAACUGUUGAUUUACCAAUUUGUUAUUUUAAAAUGAUCCGAUCAUGAUGAAGUGUAAACGACGUGAAGGAAAUAUGAAUGAAUAAAUUGAUAUGUGCUGGA